UCCCUCAUUGCUAUCCUUCAGAUAAGAUCUUACACCAAAUUACCUAUCAAUCACAUACGAAUAUCUCUCUCUGUUUAUGAUAUUUACAACUAGCCACAAGAUACUUUCAUGUCCCCAGCCUCUAUUUAGUACAAUCACUGUGUCUCCAUCCGCAAAGCACAGUUGUCCUGAUCAAGUCUGGUCGUACUGAAUUAAUUAUUGUGCCUGAUCGUAGCUCGCUCUCUCUAUAUAUAGCCCACAUCCAUUUUUUCUUUGCUAAUUAACUAUCUCAAGAAACGCACCGUCGAUCCUCAAGUUCAAGUCUUUAUAUAUAUAUAGGUCUUUAGAUCUUGUAGUAUUAUUACAGAAAACUGUUUCAGCAGUUUGUACAGUUUAUCUGUUUAUGUUUGGUUCUUGCUGUGAUCGAUCUAUUUGUCAUGGCAACUCCUGAUGAGUGUUUAACGUUGGAUCUGAUACGGCAACACCUCCUGGAGGACUUCACGUCUGCAGAGUCCUUCCUCGACAAUCUCAACCUUCAUUUCCCAGAUGUUUUCGCCGACACCUCGGUCGGGAGGUCCGGUGAGAUCGGCUCCCCUUCUUCCGGGUCGGAGUCGUGUUCGGACCCGAAGCAAUCCCACGACUUGCCCGUUUCAGGGUACCUGGAUUUGCAGCCUGAUUUCUUUGAAGUUGAAAUGAAGCCACAAAUCAGCAUGAAUUGCUCUAGUUCUGAUAAUUAUGAUGAUCCGGGCCCAGAUGAUACUCCUCCAGCACUUCCUCCUCCUAUAGAGAAACCCGUUAAGUCCGACCUUCAAUGCGAGAUGGCUUUCGGGUCGGAGCCUAUAGCAAGAUUGGGAAGGCGGUACAGAGGGGUGAGGAGGAGACCGUGGGGCAAAUAUGCUGCGGAGAUCCGGGACCCUAUCCGGAAGGGGAGUCGGGUCUGGCUGGGGACUUACGACACUGCUGUUGAUGCAGCCAGGGCUUACGACUGCGCUGCCUUCAAGAUGAGGGGAAGCAAAGCCAUUUUGAACUUUCCUAUGGACGCCGGAAAGUACGGGCCGCCGGCUAGUGCCGGCAGGAGGAGGAGAAGAGUGAAGAUGUCCGAAGAUUGUGCAGAUCCCAGCCCUUGAUCAUUGGAUACAAAAGUCAAAGGGCUUGUCGAUCAACGAAUCAAGUGAUCAUUAAUAUAUACUUGCAGAAUAGUUGUAAUCAGUAGGGUAAGGUCCUGUGAUUAUGAUGUAGUAAUGCAUGCAUCGUUUCCAUGGAGAAGACAAGAUUUCGAGUACAAGGGGUUCAGCUACAAGUACUAUACACGCA